UUUGGGCGGGGGCAUAUGGUCUUUCGCACCAUAAAGUUUGUUGCACCUGCUUUCGGCUAGUGGCCUUGGAUCGCGCAUCAGAACACGCCAUCCAAAAUAAAUAGUGCGAGUGUCGUUGAAACGUCGCGGCGUCAAAAAAUGUCCGCCCCUCGCAAUUAACGUGGGCGUCCGUAAGACAAUUGACGGUGCGUGCCAGUUUGUAAACAAGCCAGCAGAAGUUUCGGCUCGUUAUGGCGAAUUAGACGAUCGCUAAAAAUAACGGUAUGACCCAAUCUGCAACUGGUAGUUCGUACAUGUCCGAAACAGAGAUGCCAGAAGCAGAGUGUUCCGGUGUUUUCGACAACGCCAAGCUGAAGAAAUUCUCAACGGGUUCGAUAGGUUAUGCGGCCAGGCCCAAAGUGGUCACCGUCAAGCAUCCCGAAUCGAACAAGUUAAAACCGACUGCCAAGAAAAACAAGCCCAUCCAGGCAGACUUGGACGUCUCCAAGGAGUUCCUGAGAUGUCGUGACGAGGGAUUGAAACGAUUGGAUCUCAGUAAGUCCAACAUCACUCAGCUACCCUCGACAGUCAGAGAUUUAGUACAUUUGUCAGAAUUGUAUCUUUAUGGCAACAAGUUAGUUUCACUGCCUCCCGAAAUUGGAUGUCUGACUAGUUUGCAAACGCUCGCUCUCAAUGAAAAUUCCUUGACUAGUUUACCAGACUCUUUAGAGAAUCUAAAGUCAAUCAAGGUUUUGGAUUUACGGCACAAUAAACUCAAUGACAUACCAGAUGUGGUUUAUAAACUCACUUCAUUAACCACCCUCUUCUUAAGAUUUAACAGAAUUAGAUAUGUCGGCGAAGAAAUCCGACAUUUAACAUCGCUGACAAUGUUGAGCUUAAGAGAGAAUAAAAUUAAAGAACUGCCCGCCGGUAUAGGCCAUUUAGUCAACCUUUUAACAUUUGAUGUGUCUCACAAUCAUCUGGAAUCACUGCCUGAGGAAAUCGGCCACUGCAUAAAUCUAUCCACCUUAGAUCUCCAGCACAAUGAACUGCUCAGCAUUCCCGAAUCUAUUGGGGAACUGCAACAACUAACCAGACUCGGACUUAGAUACAAUCGUCUAUCAUCAAUUCCACCUUCAUUGAGCAAUUGCCGACACAUGGAUGAUUUCAAUGUAGAAGGCAAUAAUAUAUCACAACUACCUGAAGGGUUAUUGUCCAGCUUGAGCGAACUCACCAGCAUCACGCUCUCCAGGAACAACUUCCUGGCGUACCCAUCCGGUGGCCCAUCCCAAUUCACUAACGUCGAUUCCAUCAACUUGGAACACAAUCAAAUCGACAAAAUCCCAUACGGCAUAUUCUCCAGAGCCAAACAUCUUACCAAACUCAACAUGAAGGAAAAUCAGCUAACUUCAUUACCGCUGGAUGUGGGCACGUGGAUAAACAUGGUGGAAUUGAACCUGGGCACCAACCAACUGAACAAACUCCCAGACGACAUCGCCUGCCUCCAAACCCUGGAAGUACUAGUCCUCUCCAACAACCUGCUGAGGAGAAUCCCACCGAGCAUCGGCAACUUGCGCAAGCUGCGGGUGCUGGACCUCGAAGAGAACCGUUUGGAACAGUUGCCCAACGAGAUCGGACACUUGCGCGAGCUGCAACGUCUGAUCGUCCAGUCCAACCAGCUGACCUCGUUGCCGAGGGCUAUAGGUCACCUCUCCAAUUUGGUGUUUCUGAGCGUCGGCGAGAACAAUCUGGCUUAUCUACCGGAGGAGAUCGGCACACUAGGCAAUUUGGAAUCGUUGUAUCUGAAUGACAAUCCGACACUCCACAAUCUGCCGUUCGAGCUGGCGCUCUGCUCCAACUUGCAGAUCAUGAGCAUCGAGAACUGUCCCCUGUCGCAGAUACCGGCCGAAAUCGUUGCCGGUGGACCGUCACUCGUUAUUCAAUAUUUGAAGAUGCAAGGUCCAUACCGUGCCAUGUGAUUCUCUCAGUAAUUAUUAUUGUAUAUGGCGGGUGGUCGACGGAUUUUACUCUCUUGUUUUCCAAUCAUUCAUCCAGUACAAUAAUUGCAGACGAGUAGAUGGCGAUGCCUUUUUGGAAACGUCGACCGAUUCGGUGCGGGGUUUUGUCUUACCGGUUCAUAGUAGUGAAGAAAAAGAAAUCUAAGGGGUUUUGGUCAUAAAAAGUCUUUAUGAAAAUCAUUUUUGAGCAUUUUGUGACUGUUACUUUGACAAUCGUUCAAUUCUUAUAAGACAAGAGUUGAGCCCUUGUCAUCAUAACAGUCGCAAAGAAUUCUUUCCGUUUUUACUUUGGUUUUUAAGUCGUCAUUCUGAUGUUACAGCCAUCAAAUUAUUAUUCUCAAAGAACAGUUUGAAUAGAAGUCAGACAGUUAGCGUGAGUUCACACAUUAUCUAGUAUCAACGCACAAUUACAUGGUAAAAUAGUCAUAAUUCCGUGUUCGAACUUACACUAAAUGUGACAUUAGACCACAUCGAAUCCAGUGCCAAAACGAUCCCGUUCGAAUACGGUUUACGUUUACUGCGCUUGUCCGCCAACCACCCCGAACUAUUAGUGUGUAUUUGUUAGAUGUUAUAGAUUGAAUAUUAAAAAAAAGACAAUGAGAUUUUGUGAAAUGUAAGAUUUCUUCUCUGAUGCACAAGGCUAAAUGUAUUAUAUAAUGGACUAUUGUUAUAUUUAUGACAUACACAAUACGCAAGCUUAUUCCUCUGGUUCCUGGUGACUAAGAAUUUAUUUGUUUGUCAACCGAUAACGCUGACAGAUGCAAUGGUUUUAAGUUAUUGUUUUUCAUUGUUUCAUUUGUGCAAUUACGAAUACACAAUAUUAUCGGAUUCAUAAAAAAUAAAUGUUCGUUCAGAUAAAUAAGUUCGGAUAACGUUUUCUGUCAGUUUUGUCCGUUAUUUACCAAAUAUAAUUUCUAAAAGUAAAUACCAUCUGUGAUAGUUAGCGUUAGUUACUUUAAAUUUACUAAAAUUACUUUUAAAAUUAAUUUAGUCUAAAAUUUACCAUUAUCCAAAGAUGAUUUGUUAAAUUUCGUUAUCGUUAGGAAAAAACGCGUUUGUUUAAGAUUGUAAAAUACAUUUUAUAGUGCUAAUUUUGUUAGGAAAAAUGAUAUAUGUAUGUUAGCACUUGUAGAAUCGUUUUUUGGAAAACAAACUUUAAAUUUUUAUUCCAACUAAUGGUACGCGAGUAUUGAAAUAAAAUGGUGCUGCUAUUAUACUAUACUUAAGUAAAAAAUAUAAAAUAUGUUGCUCUUGUGUAUGUUCAGAAAAUAUAUGUAUAUUUUAUAAGUAUAGCCGAGUACUAAUAAAAAUGUAUAAUAAAUGUGCAAAAGUUUAAACUAAUCUGGCAGAACGUUUAUAUUAUUUAACGAAAACUUCAACUCAUCUACAUAGGACAAUUUGUUUUAAUAUUGAUUAAAAGUGAAUUGUUAACUGAGGCUGUGCAAUAUGUUUACUAUAUUGUAAUAUUUUCUGCUAGGUUAUUUUAAAUUGUUUAAUGUUCUCAUACCAUAUCAUUUUAUUUUUAUUUCAAAUUUACGAAUAUUUUUACAAGUUGAUUGCUUUAUAUUUUUAAACGUUUUAUAUACUCAGUUUUAUAAAUACUGAAAGGGCUUUUAUCCACGUUGGAACAUUUUUCUGUAGUUAAUAGUAUCAAAAAAAAUAUUGAAAUAGCUACAAAAUUAGUAUUUGUAGACGAGCCCUUUUUUCGUUCGAUUAUCGUUUUAUAUAAAAUUCAACGCACAUAAAACCUUCCUGUCCAGUUGUCACAAAUAAACUGAUUUCUUUAUAAUAACGAAAAACUAAAAAAAAAUUGAGAAAUCUAGUCUGUUGUUUUAUAUUACAACUGUAACUAAAGAUUGUUAUAAAUGUCGACUGUAUCCGCAACGAUUCAUUGUUUCGGGUGCUCUAUUGAUAUGUUAUAUCUGUAAGAAUUUCGUUACUGCAGCGGUAAAUGUGUAAUCCUUGAAAGAUCUCAUGUUUGUUGUGAAAAUUGUUUAUUUUGAUUUUUAUAUUUGUGACAGUCCAAAUGAUUUUCAGGCUGUUCAAUGUGGUAAUAUAAUUGUUGCAGGUUUUCCUGUUAGUUUGCUAAAGCUAAUAAAAGUAUUUUACUUGAA